UAUGUGCAAAUGCCCCUGAAGAGAGGCACACUGAUAUUCUCUCAUUCUGUGAUUUAUCCUACCCAAGGAGAGCACCCCACUACUCUGAAGACGAGGGAGCCAUUGCUGGGAAAAUGCAGGGCCAGAGAGAGAAGAUAUUCAUAUUGAUCCUCGUUGCUGCGCUCUCUCACAUGGUGACUCCUCUGCCAAAGCAAAUGGACAUGGCUCCUAAUGCCGUGGAUGAGCAGUACACUCACUGUCGGCAGCAGAUGCUGGAGAAGGUUUUGGAAGGGGGUCUGCUGAAAGAAGAACUGAAUAGCAGUCCAGAGUAUAGUGCUGCCUGGGGGGUAAAGCAGUGUACAAAGUUAAUCCCGGGAGGCGUCAAGGAACACACGACUGCAUUGGUGGCUUACGACCAUGGGGGAAAUGCGUUCAGAAAGAAUUUCAACAAUGCAGUGGAGAAUCAAGGUGGGAAUGUCAAUGUCUAUAAUGGCAACUUCCAGUUCAAAUCCCUUCACUUCCUGCUGAUGGAUGCCAUGAGGCUUUUGAAGCCAAAUAACUGCCAAACUGUGUUUCGUGGCUCAAGCAAAAUGUAUGAGGCACAAGUAGGGUCAGAAGUGCGAUUUGGGGAGGUUUACCUCAACCAAGGCCAAACGUUCCGACUCGGAGGAAGUUGCUACAGACAAUGGGAGCCUUUUCAACAUCACUUCUUGCACUGUAGUCAACGUGGAGGACUACACUUGCCUCUCAGAAAGCAUUGA